GCCUCGGCCACAUGUGUGAUUUAAAAGAAAUACAUUUCAAUCGCAUGAAGGGAAUCCAGUAAUGAGACGAGGUUGCAAAUUCCCCGGAUGGAAGGGUAAACAAGAUGAUCGUGGAGGACAGUCGACAAGGCUGAUGUGCACCUGCAUCCAUAAAAACAAGCGCCCGAGACGUGCGUUUCCUUUCGGGGGAGAAGAAGAUGUGCAAGCACACUUAUAAACAUCAUGCAGCGAUGGGUGCAGGUGAUUAGCUGGGAUGAGCAAAAAACAAUGGAUGCUAUUGGAGAAAGCCAGCGAAUGAAUCUGCUUUUACAAUCCAAGCUCUGCGUAAUAAAGACGUUGCCCAUCUCCCCCCUGCUUGGCCAUCGAAGUACUGAGACCUUUUCUGUUCUCGUCAAAACGAGACCAAGGAAGGACAAACUAAUACAGAGAGGAUUACUGAAGAAAAGUACAUGAAAGAAAAACUGGCUGAGGUGAUGGGUAAUAACAACAGUGAGCCGCCUAUGGUCCAGACAUUGCAGCUCAUCAGGAUGAUGAUGACAUCAGCAGUGUCACAGACAAAGUGAAACACGUCAUUCUGCAAAGACCUGCUGGUUAGAAGCAUCAUCAUCAUCAUCCUCAUGCUUCCUCCUCUGAGCGUGCUCCAGGCAACCAGAGCAUUAAGAUGAGCAGGAUGAUAGUAAGCCCCGGAAAAAUACUUUUUGUGUUCAGUAUGUCUGUAAUAGCAUGCAACCUUUUUUUUUUUUGUUACAUGAAUCCAUCUCGCAUGCAAUUAAAAACAACAUACCCCAAAAGGUCAUUGAAUAUUUCACGCUGUCGUUAAAUCAAGCAUUCUAAUCUCACCUCCCAGCUAAAGUUCAGCAUUCAUCAUUGUGACUCAUACUUUAAUAUGAGCGCAUCAUCACGUUGUGACACUUUCCACGAGGGGCAUAUUUGCUUAAGCGCACCUUCAUCAUACUGACAUCACGGAUGACAUCACCGGGUUUAUUUUCCUGCAGUUGACAUUGCUUCCGUCGGGAAACAUGCAAGGCUUCACGUAAUUAAUCGGACAUGAGAAACAGCAGGUGAGUUUCCUAGGUGUUUUGUUUGUUUUCUGGUAUGUUUCCAGGAAGCGUCUCCAGAUAUGGAGCGUCGAGCCUCAGCCCAGAGCUGCUGGCCUCUCUGCAGUCUCUUGGAGAAAAUACUGACUACACACUACUGCCACACUCGCUACACCAGAUCGCAGAAGCCUGCUCACUCCAAGAGGACUACCAGUUGGCCAUCCAGCUUCUCCAGCUAGAGAAGCUCUACCAUGAGCGUGUGCUUUUUAACCUCACUGUCCUGCAGGAGAACUGGGAGAGCCAAUGCAAAGAGAAGGAUGCUGACAAGUGCUUGCCUCCUGAAACAGACAACAUUGGUCAGAAACACAUUGAGACGCUGAGACACAUCUGUGGGACACACCUCAAACCAUCCCUUGGUGAGGAUAGAAUGCUAAUCGACGUAACAAGACAAAGCAAGAAAGAGGCGCCCCAUCAGGGAAAAGCAAGCAACCCUGAAAUAACAAAUGAAGAUGACAAAGAAGCGGGAAAAAUGAUCUCCAAGUCAAGUCAUCCGAACCAUCAAAAACCUGGAAUAUGCGAAGAGACGCUUGAGGAAAUGAAGGAAGAGGAUGAGGAAGAGCAGGACGUGAAGGUGGAGUGGCCAGCAGGAGUUCCGCAGGCGUCAGACACAGACCUGGCAAAACUUUGCUAUGUAGAUGGGAGUCUGUCCUCCGAUGGUCUGGUUUCUAUUCUGAAGAGGAGGAGAGCAUCCCUGGAUGGACUGCCACCCCCUGGCAACAUAGACAACAAGAUGAACUCCAAACGCAAAGUUCGCUUUAUUGAGCCGCAAGAUGGCAUGGACCAAGAUGAAAGUGGGUGCAGGACUCCUGCUUGAUCCUGCUUCUGCUGUGUCUAGUUACCGUGGUGAUCAGCGUAGGUGGGACGGCGCUCUACUGCUCCUUGGUGGACAAGUCGUCCACAUUUGCACCGACUUCACUCUGAACACGGACUUCUACGUGACCAACGUGUGGAGUUUCUUCCAAUGGUUUCCGACAUUGGCUGCCUCACGGAACAUAAGAGCCAUCGUGUGAAGUCCUGAAAUAGUUCUCGGUCAAGUCACAGACUGGUGACAUUUGUGGAUUUCAGCAUGACUUGGAAAUGGAGUUUUAAUCUCCAAGAAAGACCAAAAUAUAAAAUGUUUUAAGUCAGAAGAUGAUAGUCAACGUUUGCUUGUGUGGAUCGUUUAUCCUAGACAAAAUCUUUACCUCAGAAGGGUUCUUGCUACUUUCACUUGUGUCCAUAUUUUAACAUAAAUACUCGUUACCCUCAUUUGUAUCACUUUGUGGCUUUCUUUUAGUCUGAUGUUCCAAUUAUUCCUGACUUUCCAUUAUGAUUGCAGCUGCAUUGAUACAUGGAAUUUAUCAUUUGUACGCUUGCAUGUGUUUGUGUUUUUUUAAACAAUCGGUAAUAUUGUUUAGAAGCCAUUUCUUUUAAUCUAUCCAUCCACACAUUCACCAAAACCGCUAAGCUGGAGGUUAAGUGGCGGCUUCAACAGGGAAGCCCAGUCUUCCCAGUCCCCAGUCAAUUCUUCCUACUGUUCCGGAGGGAUCCCAAGGCGAGAGACUGUCAUGUCCUAGGUCGUCCCCAGGGCCUCCUUCCUUUUGGACAUGCAAGCAUCCUAAUAAAAUGCACGAGCCACACCCAUCUGGCUCCGCUCAAUAUGGAGGAGCAAUGGCUCAACUCUGAAUCCUUUGUGGGUGACCCAACUUCUCACCCUAUCCCUGAAGGAGAGCCCAGGCACCCUGCAGAGGAAACUAAUUUCUGCCCCUUGUAUUCGGGAUGGAACGUAGAUAAAUAUACCCCAUUACGGUCUUAUUAAAUACGGAAAAGUGGAAAGUCGCUUGACAUGCCCCAACUGUUUUACAUUCAAAAUCAGAUCUAAUAGAAAAUAGAGUUGGUAUCCUUGGUAUCUCAACAUUUGCAGUAGCAUGGUUGGGAAAAAGAUUGGAAUAAUGUUAACUAUUCAUACUCCUUUUAUAUUGAAACAGAUUUUUUGGGGGUAUUGGUAAAAUUAAUAUGAGCUAAAAAUAUGUAAAACUGAGGUUCAAUAUUAUAAUAUUGAUAAAAAAUGGGAGUAAAUAAAU